GCCCCAGACUUAUAUCCUUAAGUGGCUGUUUUGUGUCAGGAUGGAUCCCCAGCUCUUGUUGUCAAGCCGCCGGCUGCUGCUGCUGCUCAGCUCGGUCGCUGCCUUGUCUGUGGCCCGGAGCCCCGCGGCGGCUGCGGGCAGAAGCUGCGCCGACACCCGGCAGGUGUACUCGGAGAAGGGCUACAGCACCAACAACGCUCCGGUCACUCAGAUCUCCGGAGAGCACCUGCGACUCUGUCCUCAGGACUACACCUGCUGCUCCAGUCAGAUGGAGGAGACGCUGGGCCUCCAGAGUGAGAGGGACUUCCUCAAAGCGAUCGAGGAGAACAGUCAGUUCCUGCAGACCACCUUCACACAGAGACACCGCAGGUUUGAUGAAUUCUUCAGGGAGCUCAUCGACCUUUCAGAGAAGUCCAUGAACCAGAUGUUUACCAAGACCUACGGCCUGCUCUUCACUCAGAAUGCACACAUCUUUCAGGAGCUGUUUGUGGAGCUCCGCAGAUAUUACUCCGGAAGCAGCGUGAGCCUGGCUGAGGUCCUCUCGGAUUUCUGGUCCAGGCUGGUGGAGCGGGUCUUCUCUCUGGUCAACCCGCAGUACCAGUUCAGUGAAGACUAUCUGGAGUGUGUCAGCAAACACGCUGAACAGCUGCAGCCCUUUGGGGACGUGCCUCGCAAACUCAGAGUACAAGUUUCAAGAGCGUUCAUCGCAGCCAGAUCUCUGUCUCAGGGCUUGGCUACUGGGCGGGAUAUAGUAAACAAAGCAACAAAGCUGACUGCAGAUCCAGAGUGCGUGCGUGGCCUGAUGCGUCAGUGGUACUGCCCUCUGUGUCGAGGCAUGCCCUACCUGCAGCCGUGCCACCCCCUGUGCCUUAACGUGAUGAAGGGCUGCCUCGCCAACCAGGCUGACCUCGACACAGAAUGGAACAAUUUCAUUGAUGCUCUGUACCUGGUUUCAGAGAAGUUGGAGGGGCCGUUCAACGUGGAGCUCGCUGCUGAAUCCAUCGCUGUGAAAGUUUCAGAGGCCAUCAUGUACAUGCAGGAAAACAGUGUUAGCGUCUCCACUAAGGUGUUUCAAGGUUGUGGAGCCCCAAGGCCAUCUCCAGCACGGUCCAAACGCUCCCCUAAAGAGUCAGGAGGCAACCGGAGGCCCUUCCGCACCUACACACCCGAGGAGAAGCCCACCACGGCCGCAGGCACCAACCUGGACAGACUGGUCACUGAGCUCAAGGAGCGACUGCGGCCCAUGACUGGCUUCUGGGUGUCCCUCCCACAGACCAUCUGCAACGACGAGAAGCUAGCCGCCGACGUCACGAAUAGUGACCGCUGCUGGAACGGGCAGACCCGGGGGAGGUAUCUGCCAGACGUGACGGGUGACGGGCUGGUCAGUCAGAUCAACAAUCCUGAGGUGGAGGUGGAUAUCUCUCGUCCAGAUGUGAGGACUAGGCAGCUGAUCAUGGAGCUGAGAGUGGCGACCAACAAGCUGAAGCACGCUCUGAGUGGACAGGACAUGGACUUCAUGGACAGCGAGGAGGGCAGUGGCUCCGGGGGUGAAGACCAUGAAAGGUACAAUGAUGAUUGGCCAGAUUAUGGGCCUUAUUCUCCACCGCACAGUAAACCCCCACAGAACCCCCCACCCGGCGCUGGAAAGUCUCCUCGAGGUCGAGACAAGAACGGGCCCAAGUGGAACCGAAACAACAGCAACACCCGGGUUCCCUCUGCAGCCAGUUUGCUCUCCUUUCCUCUAGUUCUGCUUUCUUUGCCUUUCGUGGUUGCUGUUGCCCCCAUGUGGAGAUAGCUGGUUAUUACAAAGGAAAAUGAAAUAGGAGCAACAGAGAUACGCUGUAUUCUAUUUUGGUACACCAGCAGGAAGAAUACGAAAUAAAAACAUGAAUAAAAAUAA